AUGGACGUUGAGCCACCUUCAUACAGCGAAGUCACCACCGAUGGGGAGUAUCUUCUUCCUCCAGCGACUCUGCGAAUAAGCGGCCAUGUCAUCUACUCUGAUAAAUCUGCCACAGAGCCGCUAUAUGAGCUCUCACAUGAGCUGAUCCAUCUCCGCGAUACAACAAGAAGCAUAACCGUCAAGAGACUGGAUACCACUAUCAAGCCAUCUUCCUCGUCAACAGGACCACUCUCUCACGCUGUCACACAAAAACGCCAUAUAUAUGACCUGAAACAUCCGGGCAUCAUCACCGGUCCAGUAUUCUUGUACAACGCUGAAUCAGUCUCGCGACAUAGUCUUUGCUCUUUUGGGAUGAGCACGUAUCGGCCUCGGUUGUUCUCGUCGGCGAAUGGAUUCCGAGUACACCGCGCUGGAAAAGGGCUAGGCCACCAGGUUGUUGUCCGGGGAUUGCUAUUUUCAGCAGUGUCAACCAAGGCCAGUGCGGUCAAGUACGAAUGGUCGGAUGAACGGGGAGAGAUUCUUGCACGCGAGUUGAAUUCUGCACAAGGCUGCAAACUGUUCAUUACCAAGGAGAUGAGCGUGAAGAAGAGAGAUGCGCUGGUGACAGCGUGGGUGCUAAGGACGUGGUGGGAGCUCGCACGGAGCGGGGAGUAUGAAUUAUGA